AUGGCGGACCCGGAGGAGUCCACUGCUAUCAAGGUGAUGUGCCGCUUCAGGCCGCUGAACCGCUCGGAGCAGGCCCGAGGAGACAAGUACAUCCCCAGGUUUUCGGGGGAAGACUGUGUGCAGAUCGCGGGUAAGCCAUACUACUUUGACGGUGUGUUUCAGUCCAAUACCACUCAGGAGCAAUUCUACAAUGCUGCCGCUCAGAAGAUUGUCAGAGAUGUCCUGGAGGGCUAUAAUGGGACAAUAUUUGCUUAUGGGCAGACAUCAUCUGGCAAAACGCACACUAUGGAGGGGAAACUCCAUGACCCAGAUAUGAUGGGGAUCACUCCUAGAAUUGUUCAAGACAUCUUCAACCACAUUUUUUCCAUGGAUGAGAACCUGGAGUUUCAUAUCAAAGUUUCAUACUUUGAGAUCUAUUUGGACAAAAUCAGGGACCUGUUGGAUGUAUCAAAGACCAACCUUUCAGUAAAAGAGGAUAAAAAUAGGGUGCCCUAUGUCAAGGGGUGUACUGAGCGUUUUGUGUGCAGUCCUGAGGAGGUCUUGGACGCCAUAGACGAGGGCAAAAACAACAGAAUCGUGGCUGUCACAAACAUGAAUGAGCACAGUUCCAGAAGUCACAGCAUCUUCCUCAUCAACAUCAAGCAGGAAAAUGCUCAGACUGAACAAAAACUCACCGGAAAGCUCUACCUCGUUGAUCUGGCUGGGAGUGAAAAAGUGGGAAAAACUGGAGCAGAAGGCACCGUGCUGGAUGAAGCAAAAAUGAUCAACAAGUCCCUGUCAUCACUUGGAAACGUCAUUUCCGCUCUGGCAGAGGGGACGGCCUACGUGCCGUACCGAGACAGUAAGAUGACUAGGAUCCUGCAGGACUCCCUGGGAGGGAACUGCCGGACCACCAUGGUCAUCUGCUGCUCACCCUCAGAGUUCAACGAAGCCGAGACCAGGUCCACUCUCCUGUUUGGACAAAGAGCAAAGACCAUCAAGAACCAAGUGAGUAUGAAUGUGGAGCUGACAGCAGAGCAGUGGAAGAAGAAAUGUGAGAAGGAGAAGGAGAAGAACAAGACUUUGAAGAACACAAUCACCUGGCUUGAGAACGAGCUCAACCGCUGGAGGAAUGGAGAGAAUGUACCAGUAGAGGAACAGUUCGACAAGGAGAAGGCCAAAGCAGAGGUCCAGGCCCUUGACAGUACGCCCAACAAUGACAAGGCAGCGCCCACUCCUACCCACAGCACCCUCCCUGGGGUCAAACUCACUGACGCUGAGAAAGAGAAGUGUGAGGCAGAGAUAGCCAAGCUCUACAAAGAGUUGGAUGACAAGGAUGAUGAGAUCAACCAGCAGUCUCAGCUAGUGGAGAAGCUCAAGCAGCAGAUGUUGGACCAAGAGGAGCUCCUCGCCUCCUCACGCCGGGACCACGACAACCUGCAAACGGAGCUAAACCGUCUGCUGGCAGAGAACGAAGCCUCUAAGGAAGAGGUGAAGGAGGUGCUGCAGGCUCUGGAGGAGCUUGCUGUUAACUAUGACCAGAAGAGCCAGGAGGUGGAGGACAAGACAAAAGAGUUUGAAGCCCUCAGCGAGGAGCUUAACCAGAAAUCGAGCUCCUUAGCCUCCAUCGACUCUGAACUCCAGAAGCUAAAGGAGAUGACCAACCACCAGAAGAAGAGGGUCACUGAGAUGAUGUCAUCACUGCUCAAAGACCUGGCUGAGAUUGGCAUCGCUGUGGGCAGCAACGACAUCAAGCAACAAGAGAGCAGUGGUCUGAUUGACGAGGAGUUCACCGUAGCCCGCCUCUACAUUAGUAAGAUGAAGUCGGAGGUGAAGAGCAUGGUGAAGCGCAGCAAGCAGCUGGAGAGCGCCCAGACUGAGAGCGACCAGAAAAUAGAUGAGAACGAGAAGGAGCUGGCUGCCAGACAGUUGCUUAUCUCCCAGCAUGAAGCAAAGAUCAAGUCCCUGACAGAGUGUCUUCAGAAUGUGGAGCAGAAGAAGAGACAGCUGGAGGAAAAUGUGGACUCUCUUCAUGACGAGCUGGUCAAGAUCAGCGCACAAGGGAAAGUCCAUGCCAUGGAGCAGGAGAAUGAGAUACAGUCUGCUAAUGAAGUCAAGGAAGCUGUGCAGAAGCAGAUCCAGUCUCACAGGGAGACCCAUCAGAAGCAGAUCACCAGCCUGAGAGACGAUCUGGACAACAAGGAGAAACUCAUCACUGAGCUGCAGGAUCUGAACCAGAAGAUCAUGCUGGAGCAGGAGAGGCUGAGGGUGGAGCAUGAGAAACUCAAGACUGUCGACCAGGAGAAGAGCCGCAAGCUGCAGGAGCUCACACUGAUACAGGACAGGAGGGAGCAGGCCAAACAGGACUUGAAGGGACUAGAGGAGACUGUGGCCAAAGAGCUGCAGACCCUCCACAACCUGAGGAGGCUGUUUGUCCAAGACUUGGCUGCUCGAGUCAAAAAGAGUGGUGAUAUGGACUCAGUAGAAACCGGAGACAGCACUGCCCAGAAACAGAAGAUCUCCUUCCUGGAGAACAACCUUGAGCAGCUCACCAAAGUCCACAAACAGCUGGUGCGGGACAACGCCGACCUUCGCUGUGAGAUUCCUAAACUGGAGAAGCGCCUGAGGGCCACGGCUGAGCGGGUCAUAUCCCUCGAGGGGGCUCUGAAGGAGGCCAAAGAGAAUGCAGCUCGGGACCGUAAGCGCUAUCAGCAGGAGGUGGACCGCAUCAAGGAGGCCGUCAAAGCUAAAAACAUGGCCAGGAGGGGAAACUCAGCUCAGAUAGCCAAGCCCAUCCGACCGGGUCAGCAGCCCGUCACCACUCCUGCGAACCCCAGCGUCAACAGGGCCAACCUCAUCCAGAACAACCAGCCUGUCAGCAUCAAGGGAGGUGGCAACAUCAACAACCAAGAAAACACUGGCUGCUGAAGGUGGAAAACAUUCACUGGAACAAGAAGUAAACAUCGCCCAGAGAAGUUUGCAUUCCACAAUGAACUUUCACCCGGAAUCUUUCUUACAAAUACCAAAGAAUUUAUGUGUGUGUGUCCGUGUGUGUGUGUGCGUGUGAGAUUGUGUGUCUGUGUGUGAGAGUGUACAUACAGUUUAUGAAAUGUAUUUAUUUAUCCAAAUCAUGGGUUUUGUUUGUUUUUCUUUCAGGCUUUUGGUUUUCCAAGUACAAAGAUUUGCUGCCUGUCAGUUAAAAUUAACAUAUUAAUGUAGCACAUAAAGUUAUGAAUUUCUUCAUCUUUCUUUUAGUUUCUUAACAUGCACAGUUGUCAGUAGGUUCCUAAGAUAUUAAUCUGCACUAUGCCAAGGUGAAUGUUUGAGUCAGAGUUUAUGAUGAUGAUGACGAUGACGAUGACGAUGACAAUCAUCAUCGUCGUCAUCAUUAUAAUCAUUCAGCACUUUAUGCUGUCAUCUUGUACCUUCUUCAUAACUGGACUAUCACACAAUAUCCCCAUUUAUCUUUCUUUAGUCAUUGUAAUUUAAUGAAUCUGGCUGCUAUGACUUUUUAAUUUCCCUCUGGGGAUUUAUAAAGUCAUCAAUCUGUGUGUCUGCCUAAAGACACUAACUGCAGAAGGAAACCCCUGUGUGUAAUGUUAUGCCACUGUCUAGUGUACAGCUAAGACUCAGCACUGACCUUGUUUCUCUUAGCUUUAUAUUCAAAAAUGUCUUGGGAGGAUUUUCAACAUUUGGGAAAAAAUGUGAAGUGAGUUGCAGAUGUUAAAAAGAAACAACAACAAAAAACUAAGCAAGUUUUUUUAAUGAAACACUGGCAAGUGUUGCCACUUUAUGUCACAUCAUGAUGACCUAAAUAUUCUGUCAGUGCACUGUGUUAUAGAAACAAUAAUGGCUGAACUGCAUCAUAAUGCACCCACUGUGUCAUGUACCAGUGAAGUGUGUGCAGCCUGUCAGAGCAUUCAGAAAUGUUUUCACCGCCCUCACAGUUUGUCACAGGAGUGUUUACCACAGUUCAGUGCUGAGUGAGGACGAACUGAGAGAUAUAAAGGAUCAUUUCGUGAACAUCUCACUCCACAACAACUGUAAACAAGAAUGAUUUUUUCAGUCUUUCAGCAUAUGCACAUUCUGUUUCUUGUGCUUGCAUAGGCUGUAUUCUCACUGUGCCUUUAUUAGCAAAGUAUUUCCUUUGUUUCCAACUAUUUCCAAAAGUAUUCCCCCCUCCCCAAGCAGUCACAUUGUCUAUUAGAGUGCCAUUAUUCUGCACUACAGUAGGUAGAGACAAAUGUUUUGUUUGUUUGUUAGUUAGUUAGUUAGUUUGCUUUGCUGGCUUACUGCAGGCAAGAGCUGUAGUUCACAUCUUUUAUUUUUUUUCUUUCUAAACUUUUUAAGCAUACUAUUUUGGGUUAACAGACAUGCUUUUAUUUACCAUAAGAAAAUGGAUGGUUCAGUUGCACAGUUUUUGCCCAUGUUACAACUCGGUCAGUUCUGCUGCAGUGGCCUCAAUUCUCCUGACCGACACUGAGCGAGGGCAGUAUUGACCCAUUAUAGUGAACAUUAGCUAAAUAGCUCAAGUCCACAGGUGGGACCUACUUUUAAAACAGCUAAUCUUUACUAAAAUGAAAAAUUGCCUACAAAAUAGAUCUCAUGGUUUCUUUUUCACACUUUAGUAAAUCUUCAUUGAACGUUCACCUAAAGCACUUUUGAAAUGUAUUUCUGAAGCAAGUCUGUUGCUUAAAGCCUCUCAAAUACUGAUUAUGCCACAGAAAAUGAGUGUUAUCACUGGAAUUAUUUUUGUGUUUAAAUUAAGCUUGAGAACUCACUUGAAAUGAUUGUCUAUGAACA